AUGAUCACAGCUCCAUCAACCUCGCUGCUUCGAAUAGGAGCAGCAGGCCAGCUGCUGAAUGUCCGCGGGAUGGGCAGAAGACAGCCGAAACAAGGAAAACCGCCGAUUUUGCCGCCCAGCAAGAAGGUACUCUACCACGUGGUGAAUCCAGAGUGGGAGAAGCCGGAACACGUCAAGGAACUACUGUGGCGACGGUUUGCGUACAACAACGGAGUCAAUUCGCUGCGAAUCUUGUUCAAGCAAGAGGCUUCAUCGAAGAUUUCCACCGGCCAAGGUCUUGCCUCUAUGCGUGAAGAAGAAGAGAAAGAAUUCAACAUUCUCAUCGCCGCUAAUGAGGAACGGAAUUUGAAGAAAUCUAAAGAGCGGGAAAUUCGAAGCCUGGAAAAAUGGAACACCACGCGCCAGGAGAUGAUGGACGAGAUCUCAUCGACGCUCACUGAACAAGAGAAGCAGGCUAAAUGGGCCGAAGAGCGGGUCCGGGAGGCGAUUCGGGACAGCAAGGACUACGUGAAUAAAGAGAACUUGGAAGAGAAAAUCAAGGCGGCACUCGAGUCACCGAAGAUCUACGACUUUGCUAUUGAUAAAACGGGCGGGAAGUUGGAGAAUCCUGCUCCGGUCAAGUAUCAAGAAGGCACGCCAACGAUUCAGAAGGGCCGAUUGCGGCGUAUGGUGAAGCAGAUCAACAUCAAGUACCGGCCACUCGACUACGUAUGGCUGGGCGUUGAUCGCGCCAUCCUCACCUGUGCCAACUUUUUCGCGAAGCUCGUUGGGAAGUCGACUUUUCAAUUUUUGAUUGACACUGGCCUGAUCAACGCGUCUUCUCUGCGACGACUACGAGAAUGUAUUGAAGCGGCAAAAGACGGUGACAAGACCGGAGAAGAGCUAGAAAGGGAGCUUCAUCUUGAGGAUGAUUCUUCAAAAUACGUGCUUCACUACUUGACAACAGCCGAUGAGAAGUAUGAAGCCGUUUUAGCAGAGAUCGAGCGCCUCGCAUCCAUGAAAGUUGAGCGCGACGACCCAGAAAUGAGAGCAGACUUGGACGAGCUCUGGAAAUUGCCGGCUGAGUACACGUUCGACCCUCCGGGUGACUGGACACUGAUUGGAUUUCAGCGAUCCAACGAUCCCACCACUGAUUUUCGCUCGACCGGCAGCCUCGGCCUCGCCCAGAUGCUCUUCUUCGUCAAGUACCAUCGCAUCGUAUUGGACCACGAGGUUGCCUGGCCCGAAGCCCUGCCAUUUGCACUGACUUCAAUACACAUCACAGCUUUUCUGAUGGCUUUGAUGAAGGAACAAGUUCUCCGCGAUCACUUCUAUGCCGGCAACGAGCUUCCAUCGCUAGAGGGGUUUAACAAGAUUCACUGCCGAUUACUUUGGCUGAUGUCCGUUUACUGGGGCAAACAGGGCGCCGAAUCAAUCAUGCAGUUCGAGCACCAUUUCAAGGCCUUCCAGAACGGCGUCGUUCGCCUGCUGCAUUUCCGUCAGAAAAGCCUACACGAGAUUACCGUUGAAGAAAUUGUUUCCGCU